AAGGUGAUAAACUAAGAAACUGAAAUAAACACUGGAAAAUGAGGAAUAAAGAAAGAUAAAAGAGAAACACAGUAAAUAAGGUGAUAAACUAAGAAAGAAGAAGAAAAAGAAAGGCAAGAAUGAUUGAAAGAAAUGUUGAAUGUUCUGUGAUGCUCAAAAAUUAUGGUGUGUGUGUGUGUGUGUGUGUGUGUGUGUGUGUGUGUGUGUGUGUGUGUAGAAAAGAAGAAUUCACUCAUUUUCUGCCAAUUUAAUCAUCGUUGUUGUUGUUGUUGUUGUUUUUUGGGGAUUGAAAGAAUGAAAAGGAGAAAAAUUUGUUAUUUGUACGAUUUGCUGUUUGUUUGUUUGUUUGUUUGUUUAGAUGUUAGGCAGAAGAAAAACAAAGAAAUAGUGAAGUAGUGGGAUUUUGUAGUUCAAUUUUUAUAUGUAGCUUGUUAAAGUGAAGGGGUUAGUGACACACACACACACACACACACACACACACACACACACACACACACACACACACACACACACACACACACACACACACACACACACACAUGCGCACACAAGUUUCUCUCGUUAGAAUUGCACACGUUUUGAGUCAUGCAUUGUUAGAAGUGCACGCGCGUGUCUUGCACACACACACACACACACACACACACACACACACACACACACACACACACACACACACACACACACACACACACACACACACACACACACACACAUUUCAAACGUCCUGUCGGUUGCCUAAAAGAAUUCAUAGUUUUUUGAUAAAUCGUGUAUUUCUCCUCCUCCUCCUUUCUUUCCUCUUCCUCCUGCUCCUCCUUUUCUUUCCUCUUCCUUCUCCUCCUCCUUUCUUUCCUCUUCCUCCUCCUAGUUUCCUGUCUUUCUCCUUUUUCUCAUUUCCUUCCUUUUCUCUUCCUCCUCUUCCUUCUCUAAUUCUUAUAUUCCGGAAUUGCACUCUUUGUUAUCUUCCUCUCCUUCUCUCUCCUCUCCACUUUUACUCUACUUUUCUCUCUUCUUUUGUAUUCUCUUUUCUUUUUUUUCCUCUUGUCUCUUCCACUCAAUGCCAUCUCUCCUCUCCUCUUCUCUCCUCUCUCUUCUCUUCUCUUCUCUUCUCUUCUUUCACUCUUCACUAUCACAUCUCGCCUCUCCUCUUCUCUUCUCUUCUCUUUCCUCUCUUCUCCUCCUUGCCCUGUGUGUGUGUGUGUGUGUGUUGCAGUGUUUGGUAUGACUGGUUGCCCUAUUGUGUUGUGUUGUGUUCUCAAGUAAUGUCUAGUCAGUUCCAGUCACAGUGUUUCUUUGUUUGUGAUUUGUGUUACGUGAAUCUUGGUGUUUCUCUUUUCUCUUUCUAUUCUCUCUUCUCUCCUCUUUUUUUCUUUCUCUUCCUAUUCUCUCUCUCUCUCGUUGAAGCUCAAAAUAUUUCACUUCCUAUUUUUCUUCCUUUUAACUUUUUAUUUUUUUAUUAAUUAUCUGCAAAUUAAUUUUAUAUUGUGUUCAGUCAAGUAAUUAUAAUGUUUGGUUGUGUGUAACUGAUUAUUAUUAUUAUCAUUAUUAUUAUUAUUAUAGGCAAGUUUAUUGAUGUGUAUUUAAACCUGUUCCAUUUAUUAUUUUUUAUUUAUUUUUUUGUUUUUGCAUACAUAUUUUUUUUUUUUUUUUUUUUUUUGUGUUCAUAAUUUAUUUUCUUAUUUUGUGUAUAUAUUUAUUUUUUAUAUUUUUGUGUACCAUUUUUUAUUUGUGUGUGCAUCGUUUUCCUUUCCUCAACACAUGGAUUUUUUUUUUUUCCCGCACCGUCGCUUUGUUUUCCUCGCGCUGACGACUCGAAGGAAAAUUAGAAAUGUUUGAA